AGCCAGACGCGCCGUGCCGCCCCGAGCCGCCGCCUGCCCCUGCGCCCCGCCGCCAGCGGGAGCCAGCGCCCCGCCGGCCACAGGAGAAGCCUCGUCCCUCCUCCCUCCCCGCUCCUCGGCUCUCUCUUAAACCCGUCUCGCCUCCCUCUCCCGCCGCCCGCUAUGGAUUGCAGCCGCCUGUUCCUCCCGCUGCUCGUCGCGCUGUGCCCGGCGCUGCUGCCGGCAGCACCCGGAGCCGAAGUGAACGCCGCAUCGCCGCCGUCCCCCGCUGCCGCUUCGCACCGCCGAGCCCGGCGCUGCUCCUGUUCGUCGCUGCUGGACGAGGAGUGCGUGUAUUUCUGCCACCUGGAUAUCAUCUGGAUCAACACCCCCGAGAAGACUGUUCCCUAUGGUCUUGGAGGCCCUUCUCGGUCCAGAAGAUCACUGAAGGACAUAAUGCCAGAGAUGCUUGCUGGAGCCAGCAGCAGAUGCCGAUGUGCCAGCCAGAGAGACAAGAAAUGUCUGAACUUCUGCCAGACGGGAAAAGAUCUCUGGGCUCAGUCCACAGCAGAGAAAACCUCACGUCACCGCAACAAAGCUGGUGGUUGCAUUGGACCUAAAUGCAUGAACCAACAGUUUGUUGACAGCAGGAAAAUGAAGAGGCUGGAGGCUGUUGGUAACAGUAUCAAAGCUUCCUUCAGUAUUGCAAAGCUGAAAGCUGAGCUCCAGAAAGGACGGAAGCUGAAACAUAACAGGGCAAGCAAAAGGCAAAGCAUCUGGAAAAGCCUGAAAACAUUCUAGUGGGAGGAUCACCCCGUCUUUCUUCAUUAUGUUUGCUGUUAAAGCAUCACCAGAAUUCUUUGACUUUUAACAUUCCACAAUGGCAAAGGGCCUAUCUGUCCAACUGUUUGUGCAGCAGGACAAAACGCUGAGGAAGUCCCAUAUUUGGAGCUAUAAAAGCAAAGGAUUUCAUCCUAUCGGAAUUCAGAUGAAUGGGGAGAAGGGAAAUCCACAGUAAUAUACCUUAAAAGUCAUCGUUCUGAAGAAACAUUUGAAUAUCGCUACUGGAAUGUUACCCAUCAGCUGGGCAGCUUUCAGGGUCUACAUAAAAAGCAUUUUGCAAGGAAGACCUGACUGAUGUACUUAGAAAGGACAGAAAGAAAGAUCUGAGUGGACAAACAUCGAAGUAAAAACUGUUACUUCUUGAUUAAAAUGCAAAAAUGAAAGCCGCAGUGCUACUCUUAUCAGGACUUACUGCAUAUAUACAUGUCUACCUCGCAUACUGUUUGUUGCACUCCUGCUAGAGUAUUUUUAUACCUUGUUAUUGCCUUAACUAAUCAGCUGCAACCCUUUGCCUUUUUUCAGAAGUCUAGUUUACUUGUACAACCAGAGUUAUCUGAAUGUGGGUUAGAUGCUGUGCUUGUUCACAUAGCCAAAGUCUUUUGCCUUUGGAUACCAAAGGGCCAUUCAGCAGAAAAUAAAUGUUGGAAGGCACUGAUAGGUUUCCCAUAACAAGGAUAUCUGGCUAACAAGUUCUAAUAAUAGAGAUUGUUGUGUCUUACACACCGCCAAAACAGCACUGGAGUGGAGCUGUACCAGAUACUGUUGUGAGAUUCAUUCAGUGCCUUGUUUGGUAGAAACAGUAGGGACAAAGGGUUGUUUUAAAUUAUGUCAAAAGGCUAAUAUUGGGUGAAUGUUUAUGGCAGUGAAUUUGUUCACGUUGUUGAAUUUGCUGACAGGUUUGGUUGAAUUUUACAUGCUUAAUUUUUUUUUUUGUAUUUAUAUUUACACAAGUUCUUCAUUAUAUUUACCAUGUUGAAUACACAUUGAAGCAGGCCAUAUUGGUCUAUGCGUGUUUUAUGUAUUUCUGUAUGAAAUUGGGAAAUGCUCUAUGCCUAUCGAGGUAAAUGUCUUCAGAAAUAAAUAUUUUUAAUUACUGUA